UGCCAAUUGCCCAAAUAUUCUCGAAUACCGAUCCGUCUUCGAUCUCUCAUAAUGGAGAAUCGACGGAUCAAAUUUCACGUUUGACUGAAGUACAAAAGAUGAGGCUCGUAUGAUUGGCUUUGAUCCAUCUUUGACCAAGGAAAAAUCAAAUCAGGAAAAGAUAUCUAGUGGCUUUAAUGGAAGAGAAAAAAAUUAUAGAGAGAGAAAGUUUUCUUUUCUCUUCUUUUAUUAUAUAUAUAUUUUUUGUGUUUUCUUCGAUGUAUGCAGAGAAAAGAAAGAGAGAAUCUGAGAAUUUUUUUAUUUAUGCGAUUUUUUUUUAAAAUUUUGAAUCUGUAUUAGGAUAUAUAUCUUACCGAUUAUAUUAAUUUUUUUGUUAGUGUUGGUUUUUCUCAUUAUCUGUUAUUCUGGUAAUAGAAUCGAAGGCGGAGGAGAAGAAGAGAGGAAGCGGCUUUUCUCUCUUCUCUUCUCUCUGUGGUGAAGGCCAAAUUCGUUGUUUCCAUUCCAAGAUAUUAGGGUUUGGUUUGGUGAAAUCUAAAAUCAUGAAUGUUAUGCGUCGUCUCAAGAGCAUUGCUUCCGGACGCUCUUCUAUUUCUUCUGAUCCCGGUAGGGAUCCUGGCACCAAGAGGGCAAAGGUAGAUCAAGAAUCAGAAUGUAAGGUAUCCGGGGAAUCAAAUUUAUUGGAGAGGAAUACCACUGGUAUAGAGCAGCAUAUGGCUUCUACUUCACUUGAAUCUGUAACAGGCACAUCCAAUGUAUCUUCUGUUAAUAGAACAGAGAAAUCAGGGGUCGAUCAGCUCCCUAAUGAAAUUAAUGAAAUGAGAAUUAGAGAUGCGAAAACUGCCGACCAUGAUGAUAAGGUUGUGGAGACUACAGUUAUUAAUGGAAAUGGAACAGAAACAGGUCAAAUAAUUUCAACUAUUGUUGGUGGUCAAAAUGGGCAACCUAAACAGACAAUCUCAUAUAUGGCAGAGCGCGUGGUUGGCACAGGUUCAUUUGGUGUUGUCUUUCAGGCUAAGUGCUUGGAGAGAGGUGAAUCUGUUGCCAUAAAGAAGGUUCUGCAGGAUAAAAGAUACAAGAAUAGGGAACUUCAGAUUAUGCGUAUACUUGACCAUCCUAACGUGGUCCAACUGAAGCACUGUUUCUUUUCAACCACUGACAAAGAUGAGCUCUAUCUUAACCUUGUUCUAGAGUAUGUACCCGAAACAGUUUACCGAGUUUCAAAACACUAUAGCAGAAUGAAUCAGCAUAUGCCAAUUCUUUAUGUGCAGCUGUAUGCAUACCAGAUUUGCCGUGCUCUAAAUUAUUUGCAUCAUGUGGUUGGUGUAUGUCAUCGUGAUAUUAAGCCACAAAAUUUACUGGUCAAUCCCCACACUCACCGGCUGAAGAUAUGUGAUUUGGGUAGUGCAAAGAUGUUGGUGCCAGGUGAACCCAACAUAUCAUAUAUAUGCUCACGAUAUUAUAGGGCUCCUGAACUUAUAUUUGGGGCGACUGAAUAUACAACUGCUAUUGAUAUGUGGUCUGUUGGUUGUGUCAUGGCUGAGCUUCUGCUUGGACAGCCACUGUUUCCUGGUGAAAGUGGUGUUGAUCAGCUAGUGGAAAUUAUUAAGAUACUGGGAACACCAACCAGAGAAGAAAUUAAAUGCAUGAAUCCAAACUACACUGAGUUCAAAUUCCCUCAGAUCAAAGCUCAUCCUUGGCAUAAGAUAUUUCACAAGCGAAUGCCCCCUGAAGCAGUGGAUCUUGUGUCAAGGCUGCUUCAGUAUUCACCAAACCUACGUUGCACUGCUCUGGAGGCAUGUGCACACCCCUUCUUUGAUGAUUUGAGAGACCCCAAUGCAUGCUUGCCUAACGGGCGAGCCCUACCUCCUCUAUUUAAUUUCACCGCUCAAGAACUGGCUGGUGCAUCUACUGAACUACAACAACGACUUAUUCCAGAACAUGCAAGGACAUAAGAUCAAAUGAGAUGGCAUUUGUAGGCAUAUUGUAAAUUGGUCUUGGAUGCUGCUUAGAUGCCUCCUCACACAAGCUACUGCCGCACCUCCUGCUAGUUCAGAGCUGACCAUCUUUGUUCCUUAACUUGAUAGUUACAAACCGAGCCCCAAAAGGAUAACCGGGUGGCUAUCCAUCCGAGUACCCUACAAUGGAUAUUAUGAUGGUGCUUUGAGGUGGAUAGGAUAGAGGGCUGCUAGCGAAGAGGUUUUGGAUUUUUUUUUUUCUCGUUUACAAUGUGAUGCGUUAUCUGCCUCAACUAAUGGAAAGGAUGAUUCAUUAAAACCGUGCUUUGGGUGUCAUAUAUAGUAGUUUAUUAGCAUUUAUUGUUCAAAGAGCCUAAAUUUUCAGAGGAAUUAGGACUGUUUCCACUGUAUAAAGCUGUACAUUACUGUUUAUCUCAACCCAACUGCAUCCAGGCUCUUUACUAAUUCACCUCGAUUUCAUCAUUCUUCGAAUAAGUGCAGCCUCUUCCCAUUUUCUGUCUUCAGAAUACUUAUCAGACCACAUGAUAUAUGGCACAGCAUUCGUGGGCUCCAUUUCAAAGAGGCUCUUUGCUGCUCUUUCCUCCAAUUCCAAGUUGCUAUGUACUCUACAUGCAACAAGGAGGGCCUACCAUACAGUUGCAUCUGGUUUAACGUUCAUUUGAUUUAAUAAUAAUGUCGCAGCUUCAACGAGUUUUUCUGAGCAACCCUAGAGGUCAAUCAUACAAGCACACAGCUCAUGAGAUGGUUUAAUUCCAUAAACCCUCUCCAUAGUAAUCAUAUCCUGAUUUUGCAAAGAAACAAAUACCCUGCUUGCCUUGCAUCUUCUAUAUACGCCCAGUUAGCAUACAUUGUUACAAGGGAAUUAUCUACCGAUAUGGAUAGGAGGCCAAAUUUAAAAAAUUUUGCAUG